AUGUCACCAACCAAUCAACCCAAGAACUCGAGACCCGAGCUCACCCCUGAACCAACCAUCAAACAUCGGAGCGAGCGAAGCAGAAAACUUCACAACGCCAAGAAGAGGUAUGCCAAACAAAUCCCCUCGAUGGCGCUGGAGUACAUAGAGCUAGGUAGAGCUAAUGAUCGUGCCAAGACCCAGGAGAGAAGAGCUGAGAAGAAAGACAAUAUGCCCGCAGAAAGAUUGUCUGACCUUGCCAUGUAG